AUGAAGGUGAAACUUUUGUUUUCCAUUUUCUUCAUCCUGGCUUUAAUUACAUGCACCAAAGCAGGAACGCAGCUUUUGCCAGAGUCAUCUUAUACCCUCAGUGUACAAAAUUUAAAUUGGCCUGAUCCCUCAACAAAUGAAAUUUAUGAAACGAGUGGACGUUAUAUUCCCAGAAAUAUCAUAGUAACAAGGACUCAGAUUUACAAGGACCAAGCUAUAGUAGCAAUGCCUCGUUAUAAAUCAGGAGUUCCUUUUACACUUGGUCUUGUCUCGUUAAGGACCAAAGGAUGCGAGAGCAAAAUUGAUCCUUUUCCCUACUGGAAAGUGAAUGAGGAAGAAAAUUGUGAUGCACUUCAAAGUGCAGUUGAUAUCGUUCUAGAUGCACAGGAAAUUCUCUGGGUUUUGGAUGUGGGAGUAAUCAACACUUUGGAACAACCAAUUCAAAAAUGUUCUCCAAAAGUCGUUGCCAUUGAUGUUAAAACUGGCAAAGUUAACUACAACGACGAGGAUAAUGACAAGGCCGAUAAUACCGAUUUCUUUGGGAAUUAG